AUGACUGCAAAUCUUCACCAACUUCUAGACACAAAAUAUCGGCAAUACUUUGAUCUUAUCACAGUCAAACGACGUCCCAACGAUAAACCAUGGAUGAAUGAUGCCAUCCGCCGGGCCAUUACUCAGCGCAAUAUCAGCUAUACGCGAGGUGAUGACUCAUUUCGUAGCGUAAGAAAUAAGGUACAAAGAGAAAUCAGCUCUGCCAAGAAAAGUCUCUAUAGCAGGAAAGUGGAACAUCUGAAACACAGUGAACCUGGGAAAUGGCACCAGCAAAUUCGCCACCUAGCAGGACUUAAGAAACAGUCUCUCAGCUUUCCAGCCGACAAAUCCGAUUUGGAGAUUGCGAAUGAGAUAAACGCUCAUUUUAGCCGGAUUUGCUCGGCCCUUCCAUCUCUCGACCUGGCUUCAUUGCCGGAUUACCUCCCUGCGCCGACACCACCUCCAAUCAUCGAGCGACAAAAGGUCUUUGAAUGCCUACAAAAAGUCAAUGUCUCCAAGGCUGGUCACCCGAACGACUGCCCAACACGCCUCAUCAAGGAAUUUGCGUACGAGCUGUCUGAGCCGCUCACCCACAUUUUCAACUGCUGUUUAAAAAAUGGAUGUUUCCCACAUAUCUGGAAAAAUGCAUCAGUGUGUCCAGUGCCUAAGGUCCGGCCUGCAACGACACCUGACCAACUGAGACCCAUUUCUAUCACGUCAGUAUUAGCACGAGUGUUUGAGGGAUUCCUUGCCCGUUGGAUUAUUGAAGAUGUGCACCAUGCUAUUGAUCCCCAACAGUUUGGGAACAUGCCCGGAACAUCAAUUUGCCAUUACUUAAUCAGUCUCUUGGAUAAUGCUCAUCGGGGAAUUGACCGACCUGGGAAGGAACUAAACUAG